CGGUCGAAAAAUUAAGGCAACAAUGCAUAUUUUCAAUUUUUUGGUUAUUGUGUGUGUAAUUUUGGUUACUAAUUUACAUACGUGCCUUGUAAAAGCUCUAGAAAAGGAAAUGACAGUUAAUAUUGAUGCUGGAAAGGAAGAAUGCUUUUAUGAGAAUGUUAAAGACGGUCAACUGUUGGAGGUGGAUUAUCAGGUUAUAGACGGAGGUCAAGGAGAUCUAGAUAUAAAUUUUCGCUUAUAUGCCCCAACAGGACGUACUAUAGUGGCUGAUUAUAAGAAGGCGGAUAAUACACAUAGGAUAGUUGCUGUAGAAGCUGGAGAUUACAGAAUGUGUUGGGAUAACAAGUUCAGUACAUUUAGUAGCAAAACAGUCUUCUUUGAAAUUCUAGCUGAUUACGAAGGCCAAGCUAGUGAUCCUUGGAAUGAUGCAUUGGAAAAUUAUGAAGGCUUGAGUCCAGAAGAAGUAUAUGAUGUCGAAGCUCAAUCUAUAGAGCAAAUAAUACUCAGAGUUCGCUCAAAUCUAAAGAAGGUGCAGCAUCUCCAAGAACAAACUCGUGCAUUUGAAGCAAGGGAUCGAAAUGUAGCAGAGAGCAAUUAUGUUCGUGUAAAUGUUUGGUCUGUUAUACAGAUUAUUGUAAUGCUUGUGGUUGGAUUUAUUCAGGUUGUUAUGGUGAAGAGCCUCUUUGAUGACAAAUCCUGCCUACAUCAAAUAUGGAAAAAGGUUUAUUCUUCUUGAAUUCCUUGCUUUCCAUGUGUGCUGCUCCAACAUUUCUUUUGGUUUUUAGUAUAUGGAACAUGCAGUCUGUGUAGCAGUUUGAUGUGGACUUCAGGAUCUUAAUGUGAAGACUGCAGAUCAUCUAUAGCACCUCCAAUUAUAUUUGAGUUAUCAGUUGAACUGAAUUUGGUUGAAAGAAAGAGUUGGAGUACUAUUAAGAGACAUAGUGAAGGCCCUUAAUUCCCAGUGUAUCAAUGCCACAAGUAGGUGGGACAAAUGUCCACCUUAAAAGAUACAACCAGUUGUUCAGUGUUAUUAAUAAGAAAUGCAUUCAUAAAAUGCAACAUUUUAGAUUGGUUGUUUGUCAUUUUUUGUCUUCAAGUAUCAGCAGAUUUAAUGUGUAUGUAAGACUAAAUGCAUUGUAAAAUUCGUAUCUGAACUUUAAUUAAUUGUGUUUGUAAUACUCCAGUAUGUUGUUUGGAAACCACUGCUCUUUCCACUAUAUGUUUGUAAAAAUAGUGUUUUCGUUUGAAGCAGCUAAGAAGUACUGGUAGAUUGGAGAUAGGUCAUGUACCUAGGUACCUCAUUGCCUCUGAAAGCUGAGACUCUGUGUUCAACUUACAAUCUGACACACAGUAUGAAUCUGCCAGGAAGUCUCGUAAGUGAAUAGAUUGAACUGCAGCAUGUUUUGUCACUGUGUAGUGUUGUAGUGUAGUGUCACUUUGUGUAAGUUGUAUUAACAGCUUUCUCUUAACAGAAUGCCAUAUCAAAAAAUCUGAUGAACAAACAAUAGGUGUACUGUCUGUUUAAAAGUAGUUACGUAUUGAUGCACUCAUUUUAUUUCACAUUUUUCUUUAUUUUCGCUCAGAGUUCACAGGGUGUUACUUUUAAACUGUAUCAGAAGCUUCAUAGAGAAGGUGAUUUCAGGAUACAUGAAUACUCAUCUCUGGGAAGAUUUUCCUGAGCUCUAAUCUCAAGUUAACUGAAGUGGAUAUUAUGUAAUGAGAUGUUGGCAUCAAAAUGUCUUCUGUAUUGAUUAACCUUUUAUUGUUUUUGUUUGUUUGUGUGCGUGUGUGCAGACUGUCAUCUAGAUGCACAAAUACAACUUCAGUGACAGGAUAGUGGAUGAUGUGUGUUGCGUUCUGCAUACGUGACUGAGUAUUAUUGGCUGCCAAUGAUUAUCCAGAGUGCAGUAUAUUAUUUAUGUCUUCCAUAUUCAGUGUCACCUUGUUAUAGCAAAUAGUGCCAAGAUGAUAGUAUUUGUUUUGUGGCAGAAUGCGCAGCAUUUGAAAAUGUCUAUAAUAGUUACGGAUUCCCUCUGUAAAUCUGUUAAACAAGCUCAUUUAUGGCAUUGAAGGAUUAACAAAGACUUAGAGUUAAGUUAUCUACACAACAUAUUGCACUAAACAUGACUAGAAAUCCUAGAAUGCUGAGUGAUGCAUAUAUCGGUCUUCCAGAGGGCAACAUCUGUCUCU